CCUCGGUCACACCUGCUCUUGGGUGUUGACUCGAGUCUUGCAGCUGAAAGACACAACUUUCAACGCGGUUUAGAAAAAUCCGCGUUUGAAUGUAGGUACUAGCUGCUGUGGUCAGUAUUUCGGUCGGACUACACGUGCAGCUUAGAAGAGCUGUUCUUAGUGGUGAUGCACAGGUAGAUAAUAUGUGCCCCUCUUACAGAAGGUGACAGUACCUGGGCUUUCAGCCCACGUUUUGAGGUGCAGGGGUUGUCGAGUGAUUGGUUUGGGCUGAGGCAGAAAUUUGGAUGAGGAGGAGAGACCAUGAGGGAGAUGAACAGUAACACAGACCUCUUAAUCAUCAUCGCACAGGUUUUUUUGAACUGAGCACUUACCACAGUAAGUCCUGGAUCUGGUGUUUGGCCUGUGUCAUUUAGCAGACUGUAGUUCUCCCGCGUUUGGUUUGCUGAAGGUUAUGAAUCUGCCUUGGUGAUGGCAUUGACUCUGCUAUUCCAGAACAGGCCUGCUAGCAGGAAACAAAGCUGUGACAUGGCCUAAGAGCAAACUUCACAUCCUUUAAUUGAACAGCAGUCACAUCAGUAAAUGUGCAGGAAAGCCUGUAGCUUGAAGGAAGGGAAUCUGUGCUUUGAUGUUAAAUCUGUGCUUUGAUGCAUUAAAAUGGAAAACUAACGAUGUGCAUUGGUUUCUUUGUGCUUCGCUUUAAGGGCAUGCGUGUAUCAUCUUGAUAAGUAUUGUCUUUAUUUAUAAAUACUGUAUUUGUGUAAUCUCAACUCUUCCUUUUUUCCACAAAAGCAGCUGGAAGCCAUUUGUGUCCAAGUUCAGCCAGGACAGAUGAAGGAAACUGAAAGGCCGAUGCCAUCAUUGGCACCAAUCCAGCCCAAAACUAUAAUGCUGAGUCAGUCGGUUGGUAGAAAUUCUAGCAUGCCAGGACUUGGCGUUAUUAAUCCCCAGAUAAUUAGGAUACAGCCUGUUACAGGAACUGAGCAGCAACAGCAGCAGCUAUUCCUGCAUAGUUCUUCCGAGUCUCCAAUUCAGUUGCUUAUGCAGAGACCUUUACCAUCUCAUGGAUCAGUGUCUGCGAACAAGAUUCCCACGUCUAAGGUGCUGAAUGGACAGAAAGCUGCAUGUGCCACAGUAUCGGCUACGAGGUCUCCAAAUAUUACCAUGGUUGCAGCCAGUUCAGCAAAUACUCUGAUACCAUGCCUUGAAAAAAAACAAAAGGAUGACAAGUUAAAAAAAUCCUUGAAAGUGAAAACUCGUUCUGGACGGAUUUCACGCCCCCCCAAAUACAAAGCUAAAGAUUAUAAAUUCAUUAAAAUGGAGGAUUUGGCUGAUGGUCAUCAGUCUGAUUCUGAUGACUAUUCUGAGCUGAGUAUAGAAGAUGAUGAAGAAGGAAAGGUGAAGGGAAAGGAUGCAUUAUUCAGUUCUUCAAAUUAUAAUCUGAAACCCAAAAUGUUUAAAUGUCAGACUUGUGAAAAAUCCUAUAUAGGAAAAGGAGGAUUAGCAAGACAUUAUAAACUUAACCCAGGCCAUGGACAGCUGGAGUCUUCACCUCAAAAAAUACCUUUAAAUAAGCCUAAUGGAAGUAUGUUUGUGGACAAUGCCUGUGGAAUAAGAGAGGAAACGAUGAGUCCAGCACAUUUGGAUUCAAUUGCUGUCACUUUAAAUAAUGAAAAUGCACUAGCUACCAAUCUGGAAGAAACUGUUGAUCCAAAGGCUGGAGAACAGACUUGUAAGUCUGCAGAAAGCAGACACUUGUUGGCAGAACAACAGAAUGAAACCAGUUCAGGACACCGGGGACCCGUAACACCAAAAGGACCUGGAAGACCCAGACGACCAAAGAGACGUGGUCGACCAAGGAUGGGUGGAAGAUCUAGGUGUUCUGGAAGGCUUAGCAGACCUGGUCAGUCCCCUUCAAAGUCACUUAGUAGUGUGUCAGCAGAACACAAUGUAUUCAGAAGAAAAGCUAGGUUAAAAGAGCUAAUACAACAAUGUGAUAACGAAGACUUAAUGGAGCUGGCUCUCCCACGUCUAACAAAGCUUGUUACAGUAUAUGAAUUUCUGUUGAUGAAGGUUGAAAAAGGGUAUCCAGCCAAAGCUUACUUCCCAGAUGUGUAUAGGGAAUUUGAAGACUUGCAUAAUAUGGUAAAGAAAAUGGCUUAUGAUCACCUCAGUAAUUCUGAUUUGCUGAGUUGCCAGCAGCCUGUGGAAAUAAAAGAUGCUAAGGUUGCUGAAUCACUAGGAAUUACAGAAAUAUUCACUGGAGAACGAAAGACGCAAGGUGUAGACUCUUGUUCACAAUGUAUAAUUAAAAUGGUUAGUGAGCAAGUGCCUGUGGAGAUACUGGGACAAAAACGGUUAGCUGAGAGCUCAGGGGAGGAACUGUUGCCAUCAGCCAAAAGGACCAAGUUAGAAGACAUAAUGGAGAAUGUGAAUAAUGCUUAUGCCAGUCAAGAUGAAGUGAAAGAAAAGAGUGGGAAUUUGUGUACACUGUUUGAAAAAGAUGGUUUUAAUCCAUUAAAUGGAGAAAUCCUGCUUUCAGAAGAUAGGCAUAUCACUUGCUGCACAACUGGAAGUGUAUUACCGACAGCAGAGGAACAUAAUUCACUCGCUGAUUCAGGAGUCAGAAUCGAUGCUGAAAAUUCAGGUACCUUCUCCCAGACUGUGAAAAUGAGGAUGGAGUAUUCCCAACCUGUGAACAUACAGGGACCAGAUAUGGCAGGUGAUGCAUCUCUGCUACAUACUGAAGUUGUAUUGCCCGUUGAAGCAGAUGGCUCACCUGAAUUAGUUCAAGUGCACUUUGCGAGUGAGAAUACAGCAGGUGGACUGUCAGCUCCUGAACUUUGCAACUCUGUGUCAGAGAAUGCAGCGGGCAGUCAGAGCACUAGCUUACCAAUGAGCGAAGAAAAUGGUCACAAUCAAAAAUAUCAGAAACUGCAAGAAGAAAACCAUAAUUUUGCAAUUAAAGAACAUUCUGAACAACUUCAUAAUGCUAACAUGACUGAUGAGAUGCAGGAACUUGAAAAAGUUUUUUCAACAAACAUCGUGCCAAUAAACUACCCACACAGUGCUCAGACUGAGUCGCACCAGAACCCUGUCCAGGAAGCCUCCCUGUCUGCUCAUGUGAACUGUGAAAACUCUUUUAAAAACAUGAAUGAAUUUUCUUGUGGGACAGAGGAACAACAUGAGCUGGAGAAUACAGUUACUGUAGAUGAAACUGUAGCCUUUGAGAUUACUGAUGAGAGCCAUGAUUUUUUGUCUCAGGGACACGAACAGAUUUUUAUUCAGACUUCAGAUGGGCUUAUCCUGUCUCAUCCAGAUACUGCUGUUUUGUCUCAGGCAGAAGGUAUCGUUAUUGUAACUGAUUCCAAUGGUACUACAAUGCACAUCCGCACACCUGAGGGGAUACCUUUGGAAACCGUGGAAGCACUACUGGCAAUGGAAGCAGAUGGCCAAAGUGAAGAUAUUUUGCUCUCGCAAAGUGAAUUGGAGCCAUAAGUUAGAAAACUGUAUAUGCUUUCUUCUGGAAAAGACUGACUCUAUAAAAUGUAUAUUUUUCUAAUGUGAAUACUGAAAUAAUUGGAAUUUAACUUAUUUGUAAACUGUUUCUAUGCCCUGUACUUUUUAUAACUUAUGUUUAUAUAAAUCUAGCAGCAUUGCAACCAAAAAUUCUAGAAUUAACAUCGUUCUAUUUGCUUUAUAUGUUGGGGGUGGGUGGAAAGUGGAAAUCUGUCAAACUUAAAACUGUUGCACUAUUCCCUUUUGUUACAUAAUUCCUUUUCUCUCUAGCCAUCUAAAAAUGCAGUAAGUUGUACUGCUGUUCAGCAGUGAUGUGCUGUGUACUGGCAAGCUGUAUAUGGGUAAAAUAAAAACUAUAUU